UGUUCCACAAUAGAAUUCAAACCCCAGGAAAGUGGAAGCAAGAAAAAGCGAUGGCAGAAGGCGGUUCAAGGCUACCCCUGUUGAAGCAAUGCCUGAUCAGGCGGACGGGCCAACAGGAACAGCUUGGAGUGGCCGCCUCCAGCCUCCAGGAAUUGAAGAGGAAAGCCUGCCAUCUGCUAGCAAUUGACUUGGCCUCACAGCCUGUCACUUUGGUACUGGCUGAAGACGGCACCAUAAUAGAGGACAACGAUUACUUUUUGUGCCUGCCCCAAAACACCAAAUUUGAGGUGGUAGCCAAGAAUGAGAAAUGGACCAGCACAGGUGAGGGCACAACUUGGCUAGAGGAAGAGAUCACAAACAAAACUGAAGUGGACACCAGUGGAGAAAAAUGGAAAGUUUUGGCCAGGCAGCUGAAGAAUGAUCUGUCUACCAUCGUACUGAUGUCUGAAGAAGACCUCCAGGAACUCGUUGAUGUACCGUGUUCAGAUCUGGCUGGAGAACUUGCAGAGAAUCCGCUCCAAACCCAGAGGUUACAAGCCAGCCUUCAGGAAACCCUGGAUAGGCGGGAAGAGGAGCGACGGUCCCGUCAACUUCUGAAACUGUACCUGCAGGCCAUAAAAAAGGAGGAUCAGGCUACACCCACAGCACAAGAGGCACGGACUCUUCUCUUUGUGUCUAGCAUCAGAAGCAGAGAAGAAAUCCGGAGGAGGCACCGAUACUGUGGACCUGGGGAGCAGUGGCCCAAGCUCAGUCGAAAGGACUCGGCUGAGCGCCUGCGUUGUUGCUGUGCUGAAAGAAAAGCCUGCCCCAGAACUCAGUCUGGCCAGCCAAGAUUUAGAGCUGAUUUGCAAAGAGGAUUCGGAAGCUCUUUCUCGGACCCUACGCUGGGACAAACACAAGACCGAAUCCUUAAAGGAGGCAUGUGGGCAGGAGCUAUCAAGGCGACUGCAACAAUUUCACUCUCUAAAUUCAUUGAGGAACAUCUCCAAAGGAAAGAAAAAACUACCAGAGCCUGAAGGACGGUUGAGGUCAAAACGCCGGAAAUAAAAAGCCCUGGAAGCCGGAAUUUGAGAUGGAUUAAUCACCUUUUUGGUUUUCCUGAAUGGUAACGCAUCUCUUUUCCAACCGACCAACGAAAUAUAAAAAGCAAAAGGCAUUUGACGGCUCUGUCGUAUCUCACUUCAGCAAAAUAUUUAUUUACAGGAGGUGCUAGUCCAAAGCAAAAUUAUUUUCCUUUUGAACCUUUGAAGAUUUAUGGUGUAUAUUGAAAUACAGUAGU